AUGGCAGAGCUGGAGAAGCAGCUACAAAGACCCACGCCUAAUAGGUCUCAGUUUGCCCACGCUGUUGAGAGCAUCUCUGAGUGGAUGGAGCAGCACAAGGCCAAGCUUAUCUCUUCUCCCGAGGAGCGGGAUAGACGACUUCGCAAGUGGUGCAAGAAGAAGCACGACGAGUUGGGAUGUUUGGAUGAAAUCGUCCUUGAGAAAGCAUGCCAGCAAGCGGCGGAAGCCAAGACCAGGGAAUGGAAGAACAGCAAGCGGGGAAUCAAGGAUACGAAUACAGAUGAUGGCAUUGACGGAGAUCGACCGACAAAAAGGCCAAGACUUUGUGCAGCGUGA